UGUUGCUCACGACACACACGUCUUGGAGCGAGAGAUGCCAGACGUCUCUCCGGCUAUUAUCAUCAACAAAUAACUAUUGUUUUCUCUCUUUUUUUUUGAUGAUGAUGAUAGUUUUAAACAAUACCAACAGUGGCGAAUUACUUAUUUUGUGAAAAGUUAUGCGAGUUGUUGUGUUGUUUUGGUAAAAAAUUUGGGGGGAGACUUUCGCGCACGUCUCCGGCAGCCAGUCGGUUUCUCAGAGUAAUUCGGGAAAUGUUGCUGGUAUCCAUUGUAUCGGAGUUGCAGCGCGAGUUAGUCGUCUUCUUUCCCACACUAGGAUAUUGUUUCUCUGCGAUGGCUGAGGCGAGGAGAAUGGAGGACGAGGAGCAGGAGAGUUUGAGAGGAGAGCAUAGGGAACCUGUUAUAAGACUGACCAACUCAUCUGGAGAGAGGCACAAGGAACACAGACUGAGCCAAGGACCUCUGUCCUCCAUCAGGGCCGCCAUUAAGAGGACGUCAACUAGAUCCACUUCCCUGAGCGAGAGCAACCCCAGAGACAGGAGCCGUCCAGAGAUCACCAUCCUAUCAGCUGAGCCGCUGGCGUCCAACACCUGGUUCCCCGGGGCUUCUGGGGGAUUCCCUCCGCCCCCUCCUCCUGCUGCUGUGAUCUGGGGCAGCAGUAUACCUCCUACUAUACAGCCCCCUCCUUCUUAUGACGAGGUGAUUAGAGAGAAGACUCAGGUACAGGUACAGGUGUUGCCUCCCUCCUCCUCCUCCCCCCAACGCUCGGUCUCCACAACUACCAUCGCCACGCAGACCGACACCGGAGUAGAAUUCUCAGCAGUGGCCCACGGCCACGCCCCCAACCAGAGAGGCUCUGUGGCCAGGAGACCUCCAAAGCCUCCCAGACCUUCCUAUCCCUUUACAGCCAAACCGUCGCACCUUGAUGACACAACGUCGCACGCUGAUGACACACUCAUCUUUCUAGAAGACAGUCCAGCACCACGCACACACACUCAGACCAGCAGACACACCGUCAUACAUACAGAGGAAACUAGACCAACAGCGUUUCACUAUGACCUCUUGACCUCUGAUCCUUUCUCACCUCUGACCUCUGCCUCUGGCAGCCAAACCGACCAAUGGGAGAAGUCCUCCUUCGUCCUCCCCCCUCAUUCCACUGUCUCGACAACUCCCUCUGUCCUUCCUCUGCCCCAUAACCAGCCCAGGCCACGUCCUCGCACAAAGAAUAGCCUUCGACCAAUCAGGAGAGAGGUCAAAGUUCAGACCCUGGUGAGGCUGGGACAGACAGGAUGUGAGGUCACAGAGAACCAAGAAGUGAGUCAUCAGGGGGGGAAGUACCUUCAGGAUCUCCUGGACGCCUUCAGUUCCGACGAUUGGGGCUUCCCUGAUCACCAUAGCAACGACGAAGUAGGGAGUGACUUGAGAGGAGAAGAAGAAGAGGAGGAGGAGGAGGAGGAGGAUAUGAGAGCCAGGAUACAAGCCUUCGAGUUGCAGCAGCAACAGGAGGAUCAUGGUAACCAUGCAGACAGUGACCACGGAGAUGGAGCGUCGCUAGAGGGUGGGAAAGCUGAACCCCGCCCCCGAGUACAAGCGCUCCCCAAACCGGCCCCGCUCGUCACCCGGAAACCCUCCCUCGCUGCCAAGACCUCCUCCAACAAAGGAUUAUGGGAAGAUGGAGGCUUGACUGUUGAUACAAUUACCACCUCCAAACCCACACCCGCUGACCCCUCUCCCAAACCUACCGAGACCCCCUCGUGUACCCCUGUCCUUUUUCCUGUCCCCGUUACAGCUUUCAGUACCCCUGUCCCAGUCCUCGCACCCCUACCCCUGCUUCCUAGAAAGCACCCCUCUGAACCCCAAAGACCGGACCCCCAGGUGGGGCAGACAGAAGGGACCCCCCUACUCCGGGACCCCCCUCCAAGACCUCUAGUAGCACCCAGGACCAACUGGGCCAUGGUACCCCAGGAGAGAAGCACUGUGGUCGGCCCAACAACACCAGCGUUAACCCCUAAACCCUCCGUAGACCUCCACAGCACCAACACUAGACCAAGUGUUGCUCAGAAGCCCACUGCCAUGUCAUCAUCCCAUAGAGCGAGUGUGCCCCUGCCUGCGUCCGGACUAGCCGUACCCGAGAACAGGAGAUCCUCUCUGGACUCUAAAUCCUCCAUCCAGACCCCCAUACCCCCAUCCCUAGUACCCUUAACCCCAUCCCUAGUACCCCUAACCCCAGCCCUAGUACCCUUAACCACAUCUCUAGUACCCCUAACCCCAGCCCUGGCUCUACCCCAAGUGGGUCCUAGACCUCCAGUUUUAUCCUCAGCUCCAGCCCAAAACAAAACCCCGCUGGUCUCCUCUGAGUGUGAACCUCCUCUUCCUUCUCGACCCCAGGGAGUGUUUAAGAUGCUCCCUCUCCGGCCCCCUCCCAUGAAGACUGUUCCUGGUCGACACCCACCUCUCCAGGCUGUCUCCUCCUCCUCUACCACAUCAUCCAAUAAGCCACCCCCUGCCCAGGCUGUAGCCGCCCCCGCUGCCACAUCAGCCAAUCAACAGGCUGUCCUUGCCCCCUGCACCACUCCAUCAGCCAAUCAGCCGCAGGGUCAGAGGGCACCAAAGAGAGGCCCCCCUGUACCUCUGUACAAGAGUUACAUGCCCAUCCUUCCAUCUCAUCCCAGUGGAGAGAAGCCCCCGCUGGUCACUGUCAGUGGUCCGAGGUGUGUGGCACAGUUUGACUACGAGAGGGAGGAGGAAGACGAGCUGACCUUCUACGAGGGUGAUGUCAUCUCUCUGACGGAGGUGAUUGGUCAGGAGUGGGGGCGGGGACAGAUCCACGGGCGAAUAGGAAUCUUCCCUCUGGCCUUCACCGAGGUCCUUGAGGAACCGCCUCCGUCGGCAGGGAAACAGCCCGUUGUCGAGAAGACCACGAAGAUGGAUUCCUCAGGUCUGACUGCAGAGGAUCUGUCGUUCCAGCAGGGGGCGCUGAUCAGAGUAACACAGCGUGUCGACGCAGACCGGACCAGAGGAACACUGGACGGACCGGAGGGAAUGUUCCCCACUACUUACCCACACACCUGUAAUACAGCCCAGCCAAUGAGGGACCAGCCUGUGGCCAAGGGCGUGUUUGAUUUCAGUGCAGAGUGAAGAUGAACUCUGACUAAAGGCGGGGGAGGUGGUAACGGGUGGAGGCAGUAGAUGAGGAGUGGUAUCUGGGGGAUGCAGGAGGGAGGCAAGGCCUGGUCCCCAAAAACAACCUGACACUUGUGCCUGUCACCUACAAAUAGGACUAUGGAUGUACACUGUGUAUUAGAGAGAGAGAGAGACUGUGAGAGAGAGCGAGAGAGACUGUGAGAGAGAGCGAGACUGUGUUAGAGAGCGAGAGACUGUGUUAGAGAGCGAGAGACUGUGUUAGAGAGCGAGAGAGUGAGAGAGAGCGAGAGACUGUGGGAGAGAGCGAGAGACUGUGAG